UAAAAGUCCGACCAAUACAUACGCUACUAUCCUUUACAUUCUACUGUGAUACUAUUCUUUGAUAUGCUCAAGCCGUGCUGGCAUUAUUUGUUGAUAUCCACGGGACUUCGUUUACUAUCCCGUGUUCUUUUGGCUGCAUGAUUCCCAGAGCACGCGUGUUGGUGUCGUUCUUUGGCGUCUGCCAUGGUCUUCAAUUCGUUUUUCUUUCUGGUUGGUUUUGGGAUUCGACUCCGUGUUUUGAUUCUGCAUGUGAAUUUGGAAGCGGCUGGACUUUUCUUUUCUUUGACAUACAUAUGGAGGCUCUUGUUUAUUGGCACGUAUCUACUACUACUACUUACUGUAAUACAUAUAAUAUGGCAACAGGGCGAUGCGUUGGAAGCAUCGUCAGUCACUCUCUUCAUACUCAUACUCUUCAUACUUUUCAUACUCUCUUCGUGACUAUCUUUCAUCGUACAUUUGUUCGACUCUGGCGAAGCGGGCACCGAUCUUUCAAUGCCCUGAAGUUCCUCAGGACAGGCUCCUUUCAAAUCCAACUCGACAAACAUUGGGUCUUAUGUUCUCGGCUCCGACAGCACGAUAAUCCCGCGGAAAGACGCCAAACAUCUGGCGUUCCUCACACCCCGCAUUCUUAGAAGCGGCAUUAUAAUAGACGCGAUAUGACAAUCUUCCCUGGAUUUCUGACGAGCUCUGUCUACCGACUUCACCAUGAAACCUUCGACUC